AUGAUAAGAGAUUUAAACUUUGAAGAAGAUGCUAGGAAAGAAUAAGAAAUUAAACGAUUAUUAAUAGAGGAUGAGAUAGACUAUUGGAUAGGAAAUCCUGUAGUUUAAAUAAUCCAUGGAUAAUUGAUAUUGGACAAAGAUACAUAAAAUUCGUUAGUAUUUAAUGCAUCAAUUGAAGAUUUAAUAGUCUAGAGAAGAUAGAUUAUAUAAAAUGAUAAAGAGAGAAAUUAUAAUGCCCUUGUUGUUUUAGGGAUACAAAACUCUAAAAGUCCUUUAGAAAUAUGCGAAUUUUUCAAAGAACAGCAGCAUUCUACAAAUAUUACUGAAAUAAGAGUUAUAAAAACAACAUCAAACAUUAUUUAUGGGAUGAUAUUAUUUUUUUCAUCAUGUGAAAUUUGUAAUGAAUUUUUGAAUAAAAACUUUGGUUAAAGGUUUAAUACUAUAGAAGAAGAUGUAUGUAUUUUAAGACCAAUUAAAGCUAUUACAUUUAGCUUGGAUACCUAUGAUAUUAAAAAUGAGGAAGAGAGUUUACUUUUUUCAAGGCACAAUUCUAAAAGUAGUUGUUCAACAGCAAGCAUAAACACAAAUUCAAGUUCUUAAUAAAAUAGUAAUGUCAAUUAACCUUAAGCAUAAAACGCAUAAAGUAUUAUACCUUAAUAAUUGCCAACAAACACUUUAUCUCUUACAUAUAAUUUUAUGCAAACUGAUAAUAAUUAAGUAAUUAACUGUGCUAUAUGUCAGGAAUAAUUAUUAACUCAUUUAAAAGAUCAAGACUCGCCAAAAAAAUAAAUGAUAGGAGGAAAUAGCUUAUAGGAAGAGGAUGCAAAUUGUUCUAAUUUAUUAGAGCUCUCUCCUAAUAAAUAAAAUUCUUAAAAGAAAAAUAUAUAAGAUUAAAUUUUAAGUAUCAUGUGCGGACACUACUUUCACUCAGCUUGUUUAAGCAAAUGGCAGGAUUCAAUAUGCCCUCUAUGUAGAUAUCAUUAAUAACCUCCAGAGCUUAGCUAUUGUGAUGUUUGCAGAAGCUCUGAAGCUCUAUGGAUGUGCUUAGUUUGUGGAAGUAUUAAUUGUGGUAUGGAAUUCAUGACAUAAUCACAUGUAAAAAUGCAUUAUGAAGAGACUUAGCAUACAUAUUCCAUGGAAAUAGAAUCAAAGUUUGUUUAUGAUCAUUCUAGAGAUACAUUUGUUCAUAGAUUAAUGCAAAAUUUGGCAGAUGGUAAAAUAGUUGAAAUAGACUCAGCGAAUAUUAUGAAUGAUUAGCAAAAUAAUUAUGAGUAUGAAAAAGGGAAGAAGAGUUUAGACUCUUUAAAAGAAUAUGAAAUUCAAAUGAGUACUUGUCUUGAAGCCUAGAGAAAAGAAUAUUAAGCAAAACUAUAGGAAUUCAAAAGAUAAAAUACAAAAAAAUUAUAAGGUUAUGAGCAAAAAAAGGCAUAAUUGAUAUUCUCAAUAGAGUAAGAAAAAGAACUCUUAGCAUCUGAGGAAAAUCAAUUAAAAUUAGAAGAAGAAAAUCUUAACAAAUCAAAAUAAAUGUUUUUAGUUUUAAGUUAAAGAAAAAUUGAUUUAUAAAAAGAAGAAAAUACCCUUUCUUAAAAGCAUUAAUAGCUUGGGUUAAAAGACGAAUAGUAAGAAGAUAAUAUGAAGAAAAAGUUAUUAGCCAUUCAGCAAGAUAUCCAAGCUAAAAUACAGGAAAUAAAGGAUAUUGAAAAUCACUUAAAAGCAAAUAAAAAGCUGAAAGAAAUAGGAGAAGAUACUAGCAGUUCAGCUUUGCUAGUUCUGGGCUCAUCUAAAAAUAAUAGCAAAAAGAAAAAGAAAAAAUGA